AUGAGCGUCACCAAUAUUCCACAAUCACAUGAAACUAACGAGAUGCAGCAUAUUAAGAACCAGUCCCACUGGAGAGUAAUUCUUAGCAGUCUUGGAAUAUUCAUGGCAACUGUAUACCCUAUUUUUAUGUACCUUGUCUUCACUAAAGAUUGCUUCGAGGAGAGACAUCUUCUUAGACUCAUCACACUACUUCUCCCUUUUUUAUACUCAACAAUACAAUAUCUUUUCCUGCUCUACACCAAUUGGAAGAAUGGCCAUAAACAAGAAGACAUUCUGUACAACAUACUAUACUACCUCCUAAAUCUUCUUCUUACGACGUUUUCUAUCAUUUCUAUCCUUUCAAUCAUUGCACUCAUCAUUAACAGGCGAGAAAAUGAUGACGAUUUAUUUUUCUUCUCUGUUAUCCUACCCUCCAUGCCUCUCACCUAUCUUCUGUCCACCUCCUGCCGCCUUGUUCCCGGGCAAAUCGGAUUCAUAGAUACUGGCAUUAACAUCUUCAUUGAUAUAUUGAUAUUAUCAUGUUUAGUGAGUCUAACACUUAUCUGUAUAGAACCCAAAGAUUAUCUUUGUUUUAUCGCGAUUUCUUCUGCUCUUACCCUAGUAAGAUUACUCAAGAAGAAGUAUUUAUCAUCUAAACAGAGUCCACCACCUACUGCACCAUGGAGAGUAGCUAUUUUUGUCCUCAUAUUCAGUUUUGUUGUGUUUAUUUAUGUACUUGCAGCAUGUGGAUCCAUAACUGCCUUAGACUAUCAUUUCCAUCUAUUUGACAAGGUAAAGAGUAUUCUUUCAUAA